ACGGUCUAUGACUUUCGUUUCGGCCACUGUUGAUGACGCAGCUGCUGGCGGUUCGGCGCGAUGGCGGCCGUGGAGACGAAGAUUAACCUGGAGGAUUGCUCGUUCCUGCCGGUUGUUCACGACAUUAUUAAAUGUAUGGAUAAAGACAGCCAAGAAGUGCACCAAGAGCUUAAUAAACUCAAGACCAAGCUGCAGGAUACCAGAGAAGCAGUUUCAUCAAUGCCUGGGAUUGAUGUUAGUCCUGAGCAGCAGCAGCAGCAACUUCAAAACUUACGAGAUCAGGUUCGCACCAAGAAUGAACUUUUACAGAAGUACAGGAGCCUUUGUAUGUUUGACAUCCCCAAAGCAUAGGAAGUAGCUGACCUGCAGCAAGAAGGGAAAAGAUUUAUUCUGGAUGUGUUUUUUAUUUAUCUCCUGAGUUGGUUAUGACACAAAUCCAGCAAGGUUGCAUGCUUCAUGUAAAUUAUUGAAUACUUUGAGUUGCAAGCAUAAUGGUGGACUUUGCAAAUGGUGAAUUGGUCUUUGCAAAAGUAUUAUAUCAAAUUUAAAACAACACCUGCAUAUGUCUGCAUACAAAUGCAUUAUAUAAGCUUCAUGGAUAGUUUUCUAUGUGAAGGUAUAUGAUGCAUUAGUGAUCUGCUAUAUGGGUCAGAACAAGAUGUUAAUUCAGAUAUCUCGUUUAAAAGCCAAGAAAUCGUGAAAGGCCUUGUUGUACUACCAUUUGGACAUUUUACUUUUUUUGCUUUCAUUUGAAUUCUUACAGAUUUUUCCAUCCAGAAGCAACACAGAAAACCGAUUUUUAGUUUUAAGCUUUAAGUUUGCUGUUGUAAAAUGUGUUUGUCAUUCAAAACUGCUAAAGGCGAUCCUCAAGCCAAUUGUGGUGGGUAGGGAGGAGGUUUGUGUUUUUCAAAAAUGGUCUAUUUCCUCCAAUGUGAGUUUGUAUCUUGUGUAUGUGCCAAGAAAUGCACAUUAGAAGUAAAUUGUUUAUUUAUUUUCUUUUUUCACAUCAAUUCUGUGAGAGCAAAGUUUAUUCAGUAUCUCAAGUUUUUCCUAUAAUUUGUGAAUUCCGUUGGGGCAAAUUUCUGCUAUCUUAACAGUCACAGCGCGGGUUGCCUCUGCAGAAUAUUAGGUCAAACCAAGUAACAAAUAUUGAAGAAGUUUGAAUCUGUAAAUAUGUAAGCUAAAUUUGUUCUAAAUGAUCUGUAUUACUGUUUAUUUUGUAAAGACUUGUCAUCUGAUAUCCAAUAAAAAGCAACAAUGCUGGCA